GAGGUUAACGAGAGGAAGGGGCGGACCGCGCCGCCGCGGCGCCUCGUUCUCGCCGCCUGUCCCCGUCUCGGCAGCUCCGCCGGCCGGGCGGGUCCCUACUCUAGUACCUCCUCGGACCCCCACCCUCGCCUCACCCCGCGCCUUCCCCGCCUUCUCCGCCGCGAUUCCCUGACAGAACCUCGUCGGCCUCUCCGCUGCGCCGCCCCGCGAUGAAGCUGAAGCCAGGCAUGUCGGCCCUCGUCACCGGCGGCGGCUCCGGCAUUGGGAAAGCACUUUGCGUUGCUCUUGCACAGAAGGGUCUAGCUGUGACUGUCGUCGAUUUCUCUGAAGAACAUGGAGGACAAGUUGCGGCAUUAAUUCAAAAGGAAAGCAAACAGUUCCGUGGAGAUUCUAAAGUUCCGUCUGCUACAUUCAUCAAGUGUGAUGUUACUGAUGCUGAUGCUCUUGCUGCCGCUUUUGGGAAACAUGUACACUUGUAUGGUGGAUUAGAUGUCUGCAUCAACUGUGCUGGAUUUGUCAAUAAAUCCUUAGUUUAUGAUGAUACAUCCAAUGGAACUAAGACAUGGAGGCGUGCUGUAAAUGUGAACCUUGUUGCUGUUAUUGAUGGUACUCGCAUCGCAACUCUAAUAAUGCGUGCACAGAAGAAGCCUGGUGCCAUAAUAAAUAUCGGUUCAGUUGCUGGCUUAUACCCUAUGCACUAUGAACCCAUCUAUAGUGGGACAAAAGGUGGUGUGAUUAUGUUUACAAGAUCACUUGCUCCAUUAAAACGACAUGGCGUUCGUGUCAAUGUGAUCUGCCCUGAGUUUGUCCAAACAAAUAUGGGAGAACAAGUAAAUCGCGUAUUAGUAGAUGCGCUUGGUGGGUUUCUGAAGAUGGAGGAUGUUAUUAAUGGUGCAUUUGAGCUUAUAGAAGAUGAGAGCAAGGCUGGUGCCUGCCUUUGGAUAUCUAAAAGAAGAGGGAUGGUGUACUGGCCAACAUCAGAGGAAGAAAAGAAGUAUUUGGUGUAUGCCACAAAGUCAAAAAUGACACUAACAAAGAAUAGAUUCCCCAUCAUCCAGACACCUGAAUUCUUUGAGAAGAUAACGGUUCACACGCUCAGUCAUAAUUUCCGCAAUGCUACAAGAAUUGAUCGUGUGCGGCUGAGAUUGCCCAUGGAACCACAUAGUGCUCUUGUUAAAAUAAUAUACGCUGGUGUAAAUGCUAGUGAUGUGAACUUCACUUCUGGCCGUUAUUUCAGUGGUAAUGCUAAAGAAGCUUCUGCACACCUUCCAUUUGAUGCUGGUUUUGAGGCUGUGGGAAUUGUUGCUUCUGUUGGAGAUUCGGUGAGACAUAUCAAAGUUGGCACUGCUGUGGCCCUUAUGACCUUUGGGAGCUAUGCCGAAUUUACAGUGGUUCCUGCCAAACAUCUUCUUCUGGUGCCAAGACCAGACCCUGAAGUAGUUGCUAUGCUAACAUCAGGACUGACUGCUUCAAUUUCUCUUGAAAAGUCAGGUCAAAUGACAUCCGGACAAGUUGUUUUAGUUACAGCUGCUGCUGGUGGAACAGGACAGUUUGCUGUUCAGCUCGCUAAACUAGCUGGCAACAAGGUUAUUGCCACAUGUGGUGGCGGGAAUAAAGCUGCACUUCUGGCUUCACUAGGGGUUGAUCGAGUCAUCGACUACCAACAUGAAAAGAUAAAAGAUGUUCUGAAAAAGGAGUUUCCAAGAGGUGCAGAUAUAGUGUAUGAAUCUGUAGGCGCUGAAAUGUUUGACUUGUGUUUGAAUGCACUUGCUGUUCGUGGACGCCUCAUUGUAAUUGGUAUGAUCUCUCAGUAUCAAGGAAAGGAUGGAUGGAUGCCACGGAAUUACUAUGGGUUGUGUGAGAAGAUUCUUGGAAAGAGCCAAACUGUGGCUGGAUUUUUCCUGAUUCAGUAUGCCGACCUGUGGCAAAAACACCUUGACAAGCUUUUUGACCUGCAUGCGUCUGGGAAGUUAAAGGUUUCCCUUGACCCCAAGAAAUUCGUAGGUGUUGCUUCUGUGGCGGACGCAGUAGAACAUCUCCACUCUGGCAGGAGCAUUGGCAAGGUGGUUGUCUGCAUGGAUCCAGCAUACAGCCAGACCCUUGCUAAGCUGUAGUCUACACAUAUAUGAGCUGCAACAUCAAGAUCUCAGAGUACGCUACAUACAGAAACUGCAGAGUAAUCUACGAAAAAUAUUUAGUUUACAAGUCUUGAGAUUCUUCCAACUAUUUUCUUGUCUGCCUGAGCGAAUCAUACGGAUCACCACUAUAUUUCCUCAGUGCCACGGUGCUGUUAUAUAUGAGCAUGUUUGUUCUUAGCAGUAUAUAUAGCACUAUGUGAGUAAAUGAAAGAGCAAUCAAGUUGGUCGGCUGCA